CUGAAUCGCACGCAAUGGCAAAGCCCGUAAAACAAGCAAUGUUUAUUAUAAAUGUUCAGGAAGAGGAGGCAAAAUGCACAGAAUCCCAACUGGAUAUAUUACUUAAAAUCCAUGACGGCCAGUACCGGCUAGUGAAAAAGAACAAACGCAGCUCCGUUUGGAAUGUGUACAGAGAAAUCGCCCGUCCGGAUGGCACCAAGCUAAAAUGGAGAUACUAUUGCUUGGGCUGCAAGCGGGUAAUGCAAUCAACUGGAGGCACUACAUCCAAUCUGCGCAUACACAAAUGCCAUGUACGCUAUCUGAAGCAACACGGAAAAGUUGCCGAGUCGCCAAAGACACAACACAAUAGCAGCAGCAGCAGCGGCAAGCUGCAAAGGUUGCCGGUGACGGCAAGCAAGAGGCAAAUGCAACUGUAUGAGGAGCUCAACGAUCCAAAGACUGUUGAAUACAGCGAUGAGGAAGAGGAAUAUGAGGAAGUGGACAUUCCAGCUGCUGCACAUUCAGAGAUUGAGCAUAUUGAAUCCCCAGAAACAACGCAAGCAUCCAAUGAGCGACCGCUACUGAAGCUAUUUUCCGAGGACGAAGCCUGGUCACCCGAAAUGACCGAAGAGCAGGCCAUCGAAAUAGAUCAUGUGACUGAAGAUGUAUCGCAGGAAUUCGUCAAGGAGACAAUCCGACCGAAUUCCGCAAGCCUCAUUCACAUCGACGCCAGUGCGAUAUCCGAAGCCGAAAGCUAUGCUCGCGCCUGGGCGCAUGCAUUCCUCAAAUUAAGCGAAGAGCAGAAAUUUUAUGCGAAGCGUUCGAUUGACGAGCUCCUAGUACUGGGACGCUUGGAACGCUUGAACAUAUCCACAGUAACCUCGUUGACAACCAGCUUAUAAGGCUUGAGUACUUUAAGCCAUUCUGAACAUGGUCUAAAUAGAUUUAAAUGAAUUAAAUUAAUUUUCAGCCCCUUCUUAAAUAAUCGCUUAAUAAAAUGUAAUUAAUUUUUAGUUAGAUCUGUGCCAGUUGUUAACCAGACGAAUGCAAUACUUUUGUUUAAACUUUAGUAUCAGACAGAUACGAAAGAUGGUUAACAAAGCUAUGAAAUUGAAUGUAUCAAGCCAACAUUGAUAAGGGACUUGAUGGAACACAGCUAGAGAUAAUUGAA